AAUCAUCAACAAACAAACUGAUGGGUGUUGAUUGUUGAUCCAAUUUUAUUCAGCUGCUAAAUGAAAGUUUCGAAUAAAAUUAUCAUUAAACAUCAUUUCUAGAGAGUUUAAUAAAUAUUGACGAAAAGACUUAAUUUUACUUUUAUAAAUUAAGAUGACGGAAAAUGUGGAAAAGAUCGAGUCUGCCACCGAUGCUCGUCGACGUGUACUGAAUAUAGCAGUUUCUACAGUACUUUUGGAGACUGGAUUUGAAUGUGCUGAUAAAAUGUCUCUCGAAACUCUCACUGAGAUGUUACAAUGUUUUUUCACAGAGGUCGGAAACUCAGCAAAAGGAUACUGUGAAAUAUCUGGCAGAGUUGAACCUGUUCUUGGGGAUGUUGUGAUGGCACUCAUAAAUAUGGGAAUCAGUUUACAGGGCCUUGAACAAUAUGCGGCCAGACCAAACAGGCAUGUGAUACAGCCAUUACAACAAGCAUCUGCUCCGAGGACCCCAGCAAUGUUGUCAGCUGGCUCCAAAGCUAAACAUGCACCUCACAUACCAUUCCAUUUACCACCUUUGCCAGAUCCGCAUGCUUACAUUAGAACACCAACACACAAACAACCAGUAACAGAAUAUGAAGCUAUAAGAGAAAAAGCUGCCACACAAAAAAGAGAUAUAGAGAAAGCUCUCACUAAGUUCUUGGCAAAAACAAGUGAAACACACAAUCUUUUCAAUACAGAAGACAACCAAGUGUACCCUUUGAUAGCUUGCAAGCCAACAUUUCCAUCAUACCUGCCCUGCCUUCUGCCAACUGACCAGGUCUUCGAUUUUGAAGAGUUGGAAUAUCAUUUCCAAGUAGCUAACAGGACUGAAGAUAUGCCAGCUGAUAAAAAAGAUCACUCUGACAACGAAGGUGAGAACGGUGGCGAUAACGAGAACCUGAACAGUUCUCAGGUUGAAAACCAGGACUCGGCGCCGGCCUCCAGUCCAGAUCGAAGCAAAUCCGGUGGAUAAACUUAAUCUAAAUGAAAUGUAUAAAAUAAGUAAGACUUAAUUAAAAUGAAAUUAUCACUCAU